AUGGUUGCCAUCAGCACUCUUGUUACAUACGCUACCGCCAUUGUACCUCUGGUCAAUGGCGCCGCAGUCCCAGCUCAGCAAAGUACCACUCUCGCCAAACGACAACACCAAAUCGAGACCUGGGACAAGUAUCACGAACAAAACGAAGCUUAUGCUAGACAAGGCCUUUGCCUGCAAUACCUUGUACCUACCUCACGAGACGGCACCUGGCCAUGCGGCGUCUUCUGCAAGAGCGACAAGAUUAGGAUCUGCGCUAGCCACGGAAUUGCUGUCGAGGACAUGACACCCGACAUGAUGGGCAGAAACCCCGACGGCGAGCUGUACGCCAUCGGAAGAUGCGAGUGCGAUACUUCUGACCUCGAGUACCUCGCCUCAGCUACUGUUGACUUUGUUGGAAAGGGUCUCGACAAGGGAUUCAGAGAGAUUGCCAGCGUCACUUGUGUGGUGUUAGUCAAUGUUAUGAAGGAGGCUGUCAUCGCUGGCACCUAUGCUAUUCCUGGUGCUGGACAGUAUGCGGCGGCUGCCAGAGGAAUUGCCAAGGGUGUUAGGCUGGCGGCCAAGUCUAAGGGAGGCAAGGAUUUGUGGAAGGACGCUGUGCAGUCAUCAUGCAACUUCCGUAGACAAGAGGAUCUAGAUGAGAUCGAUCAGGGAUUCGGUAUCUUCGAGGGCUCACCUGACGACUUUGAGUAG